UCAAUUAUUUUCAAUAUUUUCUAACUAAUUUGCAUGAACUUAAUUGAAUUGCUCAUUUGAUGUGUAGAUGGCAACAGGCUGUGUAUGAGUUUGGGUGAUGGCUAGUAGGUAAUGAUGUAUGAUAUGAAAUGUUUCUUGGUGGAACAACUUGAGAAACGUAUUAACUGUAUUAACUCAAGCACACUCAGUGGAAAGUAUCUCAGAUCAAGUGACAGCCAAGUGAUCUACAAGAACACACACCAUCAACUUUCCAAACAAGGCUUGGGUGGUUGUAAUGAAGCAGCUAUUCCAAUAUGGUGUCCGCGAAGUUAGUGCUCAAGGCGGCAAAGAUUUCGUCACCGUAACAUAUCACCUUAAGGCUCACAUCGAAACAGAAGUUUUUGAAUUUGUCGGUGCGACACCUUCGCACCAAACUAGACAAAGAUGAAGAACUUGAAUUAUUAUAAAGUAUUGUCUGUAGGUGUAAGUUUGAUUUACUGCCUGAAGAGAUGAAAUCAGCAGCCGAUAUUUGAAUGGUUGUUCAAUGUUUUCGACCUCAUCUACCAAAAACUUCAUAUGUUAUAUAUGGAACAACCUAUAGGUGGUGUUACCGGUUUCAUUGCGUGUCCUGGUAGUGCAUUUUCGAGAGACAAUAUAUCUUGAAUAUGAUUGUCUGGCCAAUCAAAACGACACAUAUGUAAAAUUCUUUCUUGGACAACCAUUCGGUUCCAACGGUGACCAUCAUCGACUUUAAUUGAAAUUUAUUGGCAGUAUAUUUUAUUAAUCUUUUUUCCAGUUUCACAUUACUUUACAGUGUGUUUGUUCUAUUACAAUAGUCCGAAAGGUCCUGUAACAUGCUAAGAUUCCGCGAAGCAAUCAUUGUAAUUUUAGGAUGGUUCUGCGCAAAACUAGCUGAGCCCAGGACUGCUUGGGUUAGGCAUUCCGUCCCCAAAAGAACGUCCAGCUUUCUAAAUCGAUAAGCGAGCAUAAGGUCGUUUUCAAUGUACCAGUCACGUCACACUCCCCCAUCGUCCCGAACAUGCCAAGUCCAACGAAAACGUGAAGACAAAACCAGAACUGUAUUCCUAACACAUUGGUUAGUUGUUAUGUAAUCUUCGACUAAAAUGCUGCACGUGAUGUGCAUUUAUGGAUCUGAAUAAUAUAAGACGCAACAGUUUGGCCGUGAGGUGCGAAGUAAAAUGUCUACGGAAUUGACAUCUAAUAACAAACUAUAAAAAAAAACCUUGAAAAAGGUCAUGGUCUGUUAGUUAUGUUGGAGAAUACAAAUUAGUUCUUUCCUUCAAGGAUACUCAAACAAACAACCAACAGUCCACUAGAGAAGUAGAAAGAGAGUUGUUAAAUUUCAUACAGACAGUUAUUGUUAUUACAAAAAUAAGUUAAAGGAAUCAGCCCGAAUGAAGUGAGUGAUGGUCCAUCCGUGGGCAUACAAAACAAAACAAAACCGGCAGCAAAUUCUCACAAAUCUAUAGAUCCAUAUUCUUCAGCUCCCGAUUUUUCAACUUCAAAAAUGCAGUAUUGACAAUACCGUCCUAAGUGCAAUGCGAAACUUCUAGAACUACCUAGUGCCUAACAUAAAUCGUCUUCAUAAUUCUUCCUUUUUGUGAAUUGGAAACUGAAAUUGUUGAUUAUUACCGUAUUUAAUGCUGAAAUAAACAGUUGGGGUUCGUGUUGCAAAUCCCAUGUCUAAUCUCUCAAAACAGGUUAUUCACCGGAACUUCCUACCAACUUCUGAAAUGCCAUUACUGAUCAGUUUUUAGCCAUGUAUAUAACAGGUUUGUACUCAUAAAACACUCUUACAUGAAAACUGUUUAUUGUCCAAAAACGAAAAUACGCAUCUGAAGAUGAGUAAUGCAGUAUAAUUUACGAAAUUUCAACUGUAAUAUGAACUUAUAAAGUUAACAUAUGCCAUUUAACAACAUAUUUGGUCUUCAUAUUCUACUACAAAAAAACACUUACAUACUUAUUACAGAUUGUAGAACAUUUAUUGUCGUUGUGAGACGGGCUCAUGUAACACCUACGUCAUUUUUUACUUUAACAACUGCAAGGAUCAAGAACUCUGGGCUGAGAAGUCGACGGCUUCUUUGCAUGGCUGAACGAAGCUCCCUAGGUAGUCUUGGUUCCGAUAAACGUCGUCUCAGAUGAAGUUCAAUUAGAGUUUGCCUCAGGGAACAAUAAAAUUUCGUCGCCUAAUAGAAUUUCCAGUCCCAGACCGGAACAAAAACAAAGGAAUUUACAGAAGCUGUAUGCAUAAUAGGAUACCAAAUAGUACAAGGCCAUCUUCUCGUUCUUUAACCUGUAUUGUAAUUUACAUACUUCCGAUCUAAUGCAUCACCUCCCGCCUUCAUGGAGUGAUACAAAUAAUAUAGAAUCAUAUCAGGCUUCUUUGAUUCUUCUACUAUUUUGUUAUCAUACUGCAAUACGAGAACGUGUUUCUUCGGUUUUAGAACUUCGACACUAAGGUUGUAGUGCAAGUGUACAUAAACUUAGAAGUACCUGGCCGUGUUUUAUUAUUUAGAACUACAUAUUGAGGUAUUUUUUCUUAUUUUUACGGUUCCUCCCGACAUAGGUCAGUUGGCUGUUGCGCAAUUCUACAUCUAAUUCUAUUGACGUGAACCAGUGAUGUGCGGUGAUAUUUCUGUUCGUUUAGACGAAAGCAUUGAGCAGGUAGUGAGUAUUUGCAUCACAAAGGCAUAGCAUCUUCAGUCCCUACUUGUUCUGUUUAGUAUUCUUGUAUGUUCAGAAAGAACAUCGGCCCACGAGCAACUCGUCUUUUGCAGGGACUCACCAUGAUAUAACAAUUCCCUCAGUUCGGUAUGAAUAUCUCAAACAUUUCACGUAUGGCGUAAUGUAUCUGCCUUUCUCGAGUCACUGGUAGAAAUACUAUGAAACCUCUAUGUGGCUAGCAAAAACAUGAACCUCUUUAGGGGCCUAGUAGCACGGAAAAUGUCUCUGCCAGUGCAGUCUGAUGCAAAUAAAC